AUGGCGUCAUCUCCAGAGACAUCUAAAUUAGGUGAUUCCAACGAAAUAGACAUAUCUCCUCCUCCUCAACCACCACCACCACCACCACCACCAGUAGAUGAUGACGACAACUCACCGUCACCUUCCCCCUAUCCAUCCCCACCACCUCUGCCAUCAUCACCUUCGCCGCCCCCAAAAUCCCCUUCUCCGCCGCCUGAAGAUGAGCCAAACACCUCAACCCCUCCACCUCCACAGGCGUCCUCCUCUCUGCCGCCACCGCCUGCCGCCACUCCUCCACCUCCUGCCACCACUCCACCACCUGCCACCUCGCCUCCACUACCUUUCGCCACUCUUCCACCGUCUUCCACCACUCCUCCACCACCUGCCACCUUGCCUCCACUGCCUGCCACCACCGCACCACCGCCUCCAGCCAUCCUAUUCGACCCUCCUCCUCCUCCUUAUGCCUUCUCUCCACCACCUCUUGUAGCUCUUUCACCACCACGACCGGCAUCAGGUAACAAUGUUACGGAGGGCUCAAAACCACCACUGUCUACUUCGAGACCUGAUGCAGCUCUUAUUGUUGGGAUUGCCGUUGGGGGAGUCGCGAUGCUUGCUCUUUUUAUCAUAUGCUUAUUGUGCUCCACAAAGAAAAAAAAAAACACCCAUAUUAUAUGGAUCCUUCUCACAUCAGGCCCCAAGUUUUAG